AGAGGCGGGGCCCAGGAAGCACGCUCAGGCCGCACCGCGGAACUGGCAGGCGAGCGCUUUUUGGGCGUGUUAGCCGAGCCGCAGCAGCUCUCCUGGGCUGUGCAGGUCUAGCCUCAUGGCGGAGUUAAUCCAGGAACGCAUAGAAGAUAGGAUCCCGGAAUUGGAGCAGCUCGAGCGCGUCGGACUCUUUAGUCGUGCGGAGAUUAAGGCUAUCAUUAAGAAGGCUUCUGAUCUAGAAUACAAAAUACACCGAAGAAUCCUUUUCAAAGAGGACUUCAUCAAUUAUGUUCAAUAUGAAAUUAAUCUUUUGGAGCUGAUCCAGAGAAGAAGAGCACGCAUUAAAUACUCAUUUAAGAAGGAUGAGAUUGAGCAUUCUCUCGUACAGCGGGUACACGGUAUCUUCGGACGUGCUUCAGCAAAGUGGAAAGAUGAUGUUCAACUUUGGCUGUCCUAUGUAGUCUUUUGUAAGAAAUGGGGUACCAAGGCUCAAAUUAGCAAGGUAUUCUCUGCCAUGCUGGCCAUUCAUUCAAACAAGCCAGCUUUGUGGAUUAUGGCAGCCAAAUGGGAAAUGGAAGAUCGCUUGUCUUCAGAAAGUGCCAGACAGCUAUUUCUUCGGGCUCUUCGCUUUCAUCCUGAGUGCCCGAAACUCUAUCAAGAAUACUUUAGGAUGGAGUUGAUGCAUGCAGAGAAAUUAAGAAAGGAAAAGCAAGAAUUUGAAAAAGCUUCCAUGGAUAUGGGGAAUUUUGAUCAUCCUGAAGAAAUCCUUAAGGGCGAGUUGGCACGGAUCAUUUACAAAAAUUCUGUAAGCAAGAUUAAAGGUGCAGAAUUUCAUGUGUCACUUCUUUCAAUUGCACAACUAUUUGACUUUGCCAAAGAUCUACAGAAAGAAAUUUAUGAUGACCUUCAGGCUCUGUACACUGAUGACCCUUUCACUUGGGAUUAUGUGGCCCGGCAAGAAUUAAAGAUGGAGUCCCAACCAGGCGAAGAACAGCCUCUAACAAAACAAGCAAGGGCAGUGGAGGUAGGCCGAAGGGAGGAAAGGUGCUGUGCAGUCUACGAAGAGGCAUUGAAGACUCUGCCUACAGAGGCCAUGUGGAAAUGCUACAUCAACUUCUGCUUAGAAAGAUUUUCUAAGAAGACCAGUAGUGUGCCCCUCAGAGGGAAGAGGCUGGAAAGAACCAUGCUUGCAUUCCGGAAGGCACAUGAACUGAAGUUCCUUUCUGAAGUUCAGUACAAGCAGUGGAUUGAGUUGCUGCUGUGCCAUAACUUCUUUACAGAAGCUCUACAGGUGGCAGAGGCUGGGACUGAAUUAUUGAAGGACUCUGUGACACUGUGGCAGAUGAAACUGAAGGUGCUAAUUGACUCAAAGAGCCCUGACAUAGCCAUGCUUUUUGAAGAGGCCUUUGCACACCUGAAACCCCAGGUUUGUCUACCCUUGUGGAUUUCUUGGGCAGAGUGGAGUGAAGGUGCCAAAAGCCAAGAGGACACUGAGAUGAUCUUUAAGAAAGCUAUUUUAGCUGUUACGGGUGCCAAUUCAAUAACUCUGAAGGAGAAAUACCUGGAUUGGGCUUAUCGAAGUGGUGGCUACAAAAAGGCCAGAGCUGUGUUUAAAAGUUUACAUGAAAGCCGCCCAUUUUCAGUUGAAUUUUUCAGGAAGAUGAUGCAGUUUGAAAAGGAACAAAUCUUUGGAUGGAUUACAUCAAAGAAGAAUUGAACCAUCCCUUUGGUAGACCUGAGAACUGUGGACAGAUCUAUUGGCGAGCCAUGAAAAUGUUGCAGGGACAAUCAGCAGAGUUGUUUGUAGCUAAACAUGCCUUGCAUCAGGCUGGCCACUAGCGAAGAAUGGGACCAACUUGGUGAAAUUGUAUUGUAAGCUUGGAGCAGAUUUGUAAAUUGCUGAGAGAUGACAGGCAAAGUAGAUGACUGAUUUUGUAAAGAUAUUUUAAUUUUGGGUUAAUGGGUUAACCUUUAGUUCUAGAAAAGAGUCUGAAAUACAUGGAAACCAUACAACUGAGUUUCAUUUAUUGUCUCAGGCCAAGCAUGCACAGCUCUAAUUGAGACUUGGUAUGAUGGAGCCAGUUAAAAUGGGGCUGGAGAGUUGGCUCAGCGAUUAAGAGCACUGACUGCUCUUGCAGAGGACCUGGGUUCGAUUCCCAGCACCCACAUGGCAGUUAUGACUGUCCUUAACUCCAUUUCCAGGGGAAUC